AUGCAAGAAAACAUCAUCAAAGACGUUUAUAAUUCUUUACAACCAUCAUUAUAUGUACGACAGGUCUAUUUUAUUAAUUUUACAGCCUAUAAUAGACCACAUCCAAUUUGGAUGAAUAUUAUCAAAGAUCCAUUAGAACGAGGAAUAUCCAAUUUUUAUGCUUCACGCGCAUUAUGUAUACAAGAAAACAAAUGUUAUUUAAAUAUAAAAUAUUUAAAUGAUACAUUCAAUGAUUGUGUUAAUAAAUAUCAAGGUCAAUGUUUUGUUCCUGAACAAGGUGGCAGUGGUUUGGUACCAUUUUUUUGUGGACAAGAUCCGCAAUGUGAACAAAUGAAUGACUGGUCAUUACAGACAGCGAAAUACAAUAUCAAUAAAUAUUAUACUGUUGUUGGAUUAGCAGAACAACUAUACAAAUUUUUUUUUGUCCUCGCAUAUCCAGAUAAUCCCGUACGAUUGUUUCCGUGUUCAAAUUGUGGACGGAAUUUCAAUCCCGAAUCAUUAAGAAAACAUCAACCAAUAUGUAAAAAAGUGGUACAAAAACAACGAAAAAUAUUUGAUGCUGGUAGACAGAGAGCACGAGAUACAGAUAUUCCAUAUGCAGCAACAAAAGAAACUACACAGAUUUAUCAAGGUGUUAUUAAGCCGCAAGAGAAAGAGAAAAAAGGAAAUUGGCGUGAACUUCAUCAUCAACUAGUGAGAACAAUUCGUGAAGCUCGAAAUGUCACACAUGCCAUUGAAACCGGCGCACCGAUGCCAAAAACGACACCCAGUAGUGUGCCAUCAGGUCUGAAGACGGUUUUGCUAAUUUGUGAAACGCAGUUUAAACGAAAACACAUGCAACAAACAGCGAAUAUUAGAGGUGGUGCUCAGAUACUAGGAAGGCAACAUUCUCAUACGCAACAAGAUAAUAAUGCUCAUGACAUAAAUUAUAAACCACCACAAAUCAAUUCUGCUCCAACAACACUAGCCUAUCGACGACCAGUGCGAUACACUAACAGCGGGCUAAAAGAAGAGAGUCGAAGACCACCGUUAAAUCCAAAUAUGUUUAAAAAAGGAACUGUUGAGAAAUAUGGUCGAAAUUCCAAAACUCAAAGUGCAACAGUGACUCAUUUAAUGAGAACAGGCCGAACGACAGAGAACGAUGAUUUAAAUGUUCAAGCCAGACAACGUAGUGGGGGUAGUACUAGUAAUGAUUCCCCGAUGGUAAAUCGUCGAAUAACAAACCGUUCACCAAGUCCAGCUCGUCAGCAAAACUCACAGGUCAAUGGUUAUGCGACACGAGCAAGACCGAAAGGUGUUAAUACAGUGGCCGCGACACCAGCGAAACAUUGUCAUGAAUGUGGCACAGAAUAUGUUGUUGACUGGGCUAAAUUUUGCUGUGAAUGUGGAGAAAAACGAAUAGGUUUGUGA